UUUUCCCGUCUAACCAGAAAAUUAUGCCGGAAAAACGUUGCAAAACUGGUCGAAAAUGGUGUUAACUUUCGGCGGAAGUCUAGUGGAACAGUUUGAUAUUGUUUUUGUCAUGAAUUGAACCGUUUUUGGGCCGAAAAGUGUGCAUGAAAGUUACGAAGAAAAGUUUUUUUUUCCUGCUGCGCUAAGGCUUCGGGUUCGUAGCGAAAAAUGAAAGAAGAAUGAAAAAGUACAUCCCUCUGAGAGAGUGAUGAAGUGAUUGAGAGAAGAGAGCGAAGAAUGUGAAGAAGCGACAGGAGCAUUAAUUUAAUCGCAUUUUUUUUACUAUACUUUAUGUUCAAUCCUUAUUGAUCAAAAAAGUUAGGACUAAUUUUGUUUCAACGUAUUUUUUGUUGGAUUUUUCGCGACUUGUAAAAAUGGGACAUUGAGCUGGUGACGGAAAUUUCUGAAAAGAUGUUGAUAAAGGUGAGGAACAUUUUAUCAAAAGAAAAUAAAGUUUUUAACUUUAAGAAGUGAAAGUAAAGGAACACAGGUUGAAAAGUGAAUAUUGCUGUUAGUUUUUGCCGAUUCGAAAAUCCGUCACCAACACCCAACAAACUCGCAAUUUUCCAGUAAUUUUUCAUUGUGAAAGCAACCGCGUACAUAUAUCACAUGUUUGAAACACUAACUCCCCUAUCGAACAACGAAUUUAGAACGAUACGAUCAAACUGAAAACAUGUGUUAAAUAUAUAUUCCGUAAAUCGAUUUUCUAUGCAGGAAAAGAAGCACCGACAUCAGCAAAUGUGUCAGUCAGACGUAGCGAGUGAAACCGCUAGCAUUUUAUCAUUAAAUUGCUAAACGUUUUGUAAGCAGCUAAAAAGGCAGAGACAAAUCUGCCAAAGCUACAAGUAGUGUUUAAAUUUAAAACAGGACUAACGAUAGUCGUCUCCAAGGAAUUCGGCUGUUUUAGUCGCCUGAAAAAAUGGAUGCAUACUAUCGAUACGAUCCGACUGCUCCCCGAGGUAUGGGGCCGCCAGGCAAUGCUGGUGGGCCGUACGCACGGCACAGAGCACCCCAUCCGAUGCAGCAGCAGCAGCCGCAGUCGCAGUACCCGUCGUACCAGCCGGCUACGGCCGACAACAUGUACUCGAUGCCGGAUCAUAACACCGGCAUGGCUGGCAUGAGCGAUGCACUGUGGGGUGCUCAGCCUCCUCCACCACCUCAGGCCAACCCGUACGGUGCGCCGAUGGGAUACGGUCAUCCACAGGCACCGCAACCCACUCAACGGCAGGCACCGACCAGCUAUCGGCAACAUAUGACCGGCUAUCCCCAGCAGGACUCAUCAAAGCUGCAGUACCCCACACAGCAAGCGAUGAUGAGCGGUAUGAUGCCCCAGCAGGGAUACGGAUCGUUGAGUCAGCCACAGCAGCCGGCCCAGCAGCAGCAACAGCAGCCGCAGCAACCCCAGCAGCAGCAGCAACAGCAACGUGUUUCACAGCACUACCCACAGGCUGGCCAUUCGAUGUAUCCGGGAGCACCGGUUGUCCAGCCGCAAUCUGCGACGGCACAAACCGGAUACGCGUCGUAUGCACCCACAAUGCAGCAACACGCUAGCCGAUCGAGCCAGCAUGUCUAUAACCAACAUCAGAUCGACCAGUCACCUUAUGCACAGCAUAUCGGUGCCGGUCAGGUCCCAACGAGCCAUCAUCAGAUGAACACACCACAACAACAACCUCCUGGUCAGCUUCCGCAGCAUCCACCCCAGUCUCAUUUGCCAUUGCCCGGCCAAACACCUCAAUCGCAACAGCAAAUGCAUGCUAAUCAAAUGCAGCCUGUUCAACAGCAGCAGCAACAGCAGAGUCAGCAACCAACGCAUGGAAGCCAGCCAACUCACCCGCAAAGCCAUCCGCAGCAUCCCGGAUUGACGGGUUUAGGUCAACAGCAAAGCCAGCAACAGAGCAGUUUGCUGGCCAAUCAGCACCCUGGUAUGCUUCAUUCGCAGCAACCAAACAGCGGUGCUCUAAUGCAUGGCAGUAGUGCGCUUGGGGCAUCAAUGUCUCAACCACAGGCGGGUCAGCAACCAGGAAGUCAUCACGGCACUAAUGCGUUAGGAGGACAUCAAAUGUCACAUGGUGCGCUGUCGAGUGUACCGGGUUACGGUGCCAGUGCUCCACAGCAGCAAUCAUACCUGCCAAACGCCACGAAGCAGCAACCACAGCAACAUGGAAGCAGUCCUCAAUAUCGGGCACCUUUUCCACAGCUGUCGCCGCAAAUGUCGCCACGGCCUCCACAGAUGUCUCCCCAUACGCAGAUGUCACCCCGACCGGUGAUGUCUCCGGCGAAACCUCCCAGCAGCGUGACAUCGCAGGCACCUCAAACAACGCUUCCUACAACAAUGUCACCGCACCAGCACAUAGCCAGCUCGGGCGGUAGCAUCCAAAGUCCUCGGUCGCAGCAGCAAUCUAUGCCAGUAACUAAGCUGACGACGGCCUCCGCCUCGGGACCGGUCAACACACUGCAAGCCCUCGAACAGAUGGUGAUGCCGCCGUCUGCCACUGCCGCAGUAACCGUUUUUUCAGGUAUGGAAUACUCCCAAGCCGCUGCUUACCGAGGUCCACCGCACCAGCAGCAAAUGCAAAAUAAUCCACUGUCUCCGCUAGGACCACGACUGCCGAUGUCCCCACAGCAUCACCAGCAGUGGCCACCGAUGGUUCAGCGGCCGGGCAGUGGAGGUCUCAACGGUACCGCUCAUCAUGGAAUGCCACAACAAUCUCCACAGCAACAACAACAGCAGCUAGGGAACCAGCAUUUGCCACCGAUGCAUUCCCAUGCUCCGCAUUUACACGUGUCACAAGCUUCCCAUCCGCCUCCACCACACGCUCAACAGAUCUCACAGCUGAACGACAUCUCCAGUCUGAUACCACCUGUGUCGCAAACGAUGUCUGUGAUACCACCUACCCCAGGUCCUCCCAGUGGGCUGCAGUACAGUAAUCUGGACGACAAGAGCCUGGUCGAUUCAGUUCCGCAGCCGCAACCCCAACAACCGCAACAGCAACCUGUACAUAGUCUACAUCAGCCCCAUCUAUCGCAGCCACAGCAACAGCAGCCGCAACCUCCUCAACAACAGUUGCCCUCAAUGCACCAACCCCAUCAGCAUCCACCUCAGCAACAAACACAACAACAGCAACAGCAGCAGCAGCAGCCUAUGUUGACGCAGCUCCAACCACCAUCACAUCUGCAACAACUGCAUUCGCAGCAAUCAAGCCAGCAUCAAUCCCAUCUGUCGUCGAUGCAAUCAUCUUUGGCUUCCCAACAGCCACCACAAAGCGCCACCGUUCCUUCUCCACAUUCAAUUUCGCAGCAGCUGCAAUCACCGUCAUUUAAUGACGAAAUGAUGAUGUCGCCAAGCGGCCAACACCAGCAGCAGCAGCAACAACAACAGCAACAACCGCACCAACAACAAAUACAGCAGCACUUGGUGCAAACAAUUCCCACAUCGACUCCGUCGCCCGUCGCGGCACAACAGCCUUUGGCGCAACAUUCAAUCCCAAUAUCGCAAUCAUCUUCACAAUUGAAUGAUUUACAAACCAUGCAAGCAGCAUCAGCACCGCUUCCCGUGCAUCAACCGCUUCAAAUACAGUCACAACAGUCCCAUCAGCAGCAGCAGCAGCAGCAGCAGCAACAACAACAACAGCAGCAGCAAAGUUCAGCUUCCUCAAUGGAACUUCCACCGAUUUCAACUCUAACCACGGUUGAACCAUCCACUGCGACCACUGUGGAGAGUGUGCCACCGCCGAGUACCGAGUCUCAACAACCGUCGACCGAUCUUAGUCUAAUCGAUAGUCUUGCUUCGAGCAAUGCCAACGAGGCUCCCUCCAGUCUGGGGGCUGCGGGCUCGAUUCCCGAAUCAGCGGUGAGUGAAACCGACAGUCUGCAGCAACGAAAUUCCAUUUCCGAGCAAAACAGCAGCAACGAGGAGUCUCGGGAUAGCAUCGUUCCAGCACCAGCCGAAUCCAAUACGGACGAAAGUAAAUCGUCCAGUUCGCUUAUGUCCGGAACGGACUUCGAAACAAUGAAUCAAGGAAACACCGGUACACCGGUAGGUGCAGGUUCCCUGCUCAGUUCGGAAACGGGGCUGGACGAGACGAUCCGGGAAGGACCCACUCUUGGACUGGACAGUGCAACAACGGAAGCCAGCGAGAAACGAGACGAAAUUUAUCAUUCGGACAGUUCCAAUCAGCAAGCCCCGAUUGUUGAAACGAAAAAGACUGAACUUCUAGCUGAACCGGUGACAGUUCCGGACCCGAUCACUUCGGUUGCCCUUACAGAGUUACAAGAACCGAAGGUCACUACUGCCACCACUGCGAGUCCGGAGCAGACGCAUUCUGUUCCCACGUCAACCACAACCCCAACAAUUCCAACAACCACUUCGUUGUCGUCCUACGCUAGCCAGAUGCCCACGGAGCAACUACCUGGUGAGCCUGUUAUCUCGACAAGCACCCCUGCGACGACAAUACCGACGAAUACCACGCAAAUUCCACCAGCAUUGCAACAUUCGCAAAUGCACCCGCAAAUGCAUCCGCAGUAUGGACAGAUCGGCGCUCCCGGUAUUCCUCCCGUUCAAGGUCAGCCGCCUCCAAUGUACGGCAUGCACAUGUCAUCCGGCGCUCCGAUGAUGCACGGACCUCACGGGCCAGGAAUGCACGGAAUGAUGGGUACGGAAAUGAUAAAUCCCUAUCAAAGCACCUACCAAUCGCACGCCCAGGAACGAGCCGCCAUCCAACAGCAGCUGCAAGACAUGUACAAACUUCCAAUGGCCGAUCAGCAGGAAAAAAUCAUGCGCAUGCAGGAACGGAUUGCCAUGCUUCAGCAGCAUGAAACCGCCGAUGGAUGUCUGGGUGGACCACAAUGCAUGCUACAGAAUCAUUCAAUGUAUUCGUCUGCGAUGAUCGAUAGCCCCCAGGUUACCAGCACGACGGGUCGCCGUGGGCGGAACCCUUCCAAUAAGCCACGGAAACCUCGCGUGAAAAAAUCGGAGAAACUUGCUCAGGAAGCAGCAGCAGCUGCCGUGGUCACAGCAACGGCUGCACCGGACUCGGCACAAACGCAACCGCCACAGCAACCGCAAAUCACGUCGGGUGAUGAAACGUCACAAACGCCGGUGGCUCCCGUUACGACACUGCCAGUUUCGGAAGACUCGGUAACGGCCGGUACCGGUUUAUCGGAGGUAACCUCCGAAAGCUUCAAUGAGACAAUGAACGAAACCGAAUCUCAAGAUAAUCUUUCCAUCGGAGACCUAGACACUUCGACUGACGCCAGCGGUAAAAAGCUGAAGAAACCACGAAAGCCUCGGGAACCGAAAAAACCUAAGGAACCCAAGGAAGCUAAGGAAGUGAAGGAACCCAAGGAGAAAAAGGAACCCAAGAAGAAGGAACCGAAAGAAUCGACUAAAAGCAAGAAAAAGAGCACUAAGAAAACCAUCAACACACCGGAUGGGGACAAUUCUAUUUCCAUGGAUAAUGCUAGUCAAGAGCAUGAUCAUCAAGAACACUCGAAAGCGACGAGUGAAGGUGACGAAAAUCAAACGCUAGCAUCACUGAUGCAUUCACAGAACAGCACUGAUGCCAUAUCCGGCCCGGAAAAGGAGUCCAAACUGGAGGGCGCAAUUGAUGGUGAGGUGACUGACUUCGACGAUAUUCCGGUGUCUAAAAUUCCCAUCAAAAGUCUGCUGAAUGAGGCGGAAAAGAAAGAGAACGAGCACGAGAACGGCGAAAGUGCCGGCGAUGGCGGUGAAACGGAAGGAGAAACACCGAAGAAAAAGAAGAGCAGUAAGAAGAAAGAUCCCGGGAGUGGUGAGAGCAAAAAGAAGAGUUCCUCUUCGAGUGCUUCGAGAAGCAAAAAAUCAUCCGGUGGGGGCAGUUCAAAGAGUAGAUCGCGUUAUCGAGCACGGAUGAUGACCGAAUCGGAUGGCGAAGGAGAUGAUCUGAUGAGUACUCCACCGCCCUCUCCACCUCCGGAUGCGGAAAUCGAUAGUUCCAAGCGUCGUUCGGCGCGUAAUACACAGCGUAAAAAGUACGUCGACGAUGUGAUGUUGCGGUUUUCCGAUGAUGAAUCGGGAAUUAUGUCCCCCUUGCCGGCAACGCGGAGAGAGAAGAAAUCCGAGUCGGACAAGAAAGAUGCUGACAGUAGUGGCGAAGGCGCCGGUGCGGCGGGUGAUGUCACCCAAGCGGAUGGAGCUGUGGCAAGCUCAAGUUCAACCGGAGUGGAUGGAGGUGACGAGAAAGUCAGCACCUCGGAUGAUAAAGCGGACAUCAGCGCCGAGUUGAAACCGGAUGAGGCUAAUAAACCGAACUACGUUUAUGUGAACACCGGCGAUGAAGAUUCUAUGGUGGUGCAGUAUGUUCUGGCUGUUCGAAUGGGUAAACGAGAGCUGAAGCCAGAUCCUCCUCCACCUCCGCCGAAGGAAAAAACUCCUGAGCCAGAGGAGAAGCCUAAAACAGCCGAUGGUGACGACGCGGCGGAUGUUGAAGCAGAAACGAAGAAAUCUUCAGAAGCAGAUGAUGACACAGAAGCUGCUGCAGCUGCUUCAGACGAAAAAACAGAAGACAAACAAGCCGGCGAGUCGUCAAGCUCCGAAGAAAAACCAUCUACCGAAGACGUCGAAAUGCAGGAGGAAAAACCGAAAGAGGAGGUUGAUACAGAAAAAUUAGAUGAAAAAAUGGAAUCCGAUGAAAAAUCCGAACAGGAAGACACUGAAACUGAUGCAGCCAAACCGGAGAAAUCCGAAAAUCAAUCGGACACCGAAAUGGAAGUGGACGAAGAGGAGGAAAGCGAAAAGAAGGAGGUUACUAAACCGGCACCAAAAGAAGAGGAAUCGGAUAAACCGUCAGCAGAAAAAGACGAACAAGUUGAAGAAGCUGACGUCAACGAGGAAGAAGAAGGUGACAGUGAAACUAAGAAAGACGAGAAAAAGACGACGGAUAACGAUGCGAGCAGCUCGGAGGAAAACAAAGAAACUGAGAAACCCGAGGAGAAGAAAGAACCCGUAUUCAUUGAUGUUGAGGAGUACUUUGUCAAGUACCGCAACUUCUCGUAUCUCCACUGCGAGUGGCGAACCGAGGACGAGCUGUUCAAGGGUGAUAAACGUGUCGGAAACAAGAUCAAACGUUUCCUGCAGAAGCAACAACAACAUCUGAACAUCUUUGAAAGUUUGGACGAAGAGUCCUUCAAUCCGGACUUUGUCGAAGUGGAUCGAGUUCUGGAUGUCUCGGAACACACGGACGACGAUGGUAAAACCGUCAAACAUUACCUGGUUAAGUGGAAGAGUUUACCGUAUGAAGACAGCACCUGGGAGCUGGAAGAUGAUGUUGAUCUGCCGAAGAUUGAUCAGUACUAUCGAUUCAACAAAAUCCCCCCGAAAAGUGAGUGGAAAACGAAAAAACGACCACACCCGGAUCAGUGGAAACCGCUACCGGAAUCACCCAUCUACAAAGCGGGCAACAGUUUGCGACCCUAUCAGUUGGAAGGUCUGAACUGGUUGCGUUAUUCCUGGUACAAGGGAAACAAUUGUAUUCUUGCCGAUGAAAUGGGUUUGGGAAAAACGAUUCAGAGUUUGACCUUUGUUCAUUCGAUCUUCGAGUAUGGAAUUCGGGGACCGUUCUUGGUGAUUGCACCACUUUCGACCAUCCCGAACUGGCAGCGUGAAUUCGAAAGCUGGACCGACAUGAACGUAAUUGUGUACCACGGAUCGGCGACAAGCCGACAGAUGAUUCAGGAUUACGAAGUUUACUAUCGUUACGAAAAUGGAAAGUACAUUAAGGAAAUUACUAAAUUCAACGUCCUGAUUACGACGUUCGAGAUGAUUGUCACCGAUUAUCAGGAUCUAAAACCCUACAGCUGGAGGGCGUGUGUGAUAGAUGAAGCUCAUCGGCUUAAGAAUCGCAAUUGCAAGCUGCUGGAAGGUCUUCGGCAGUUGAAUCUGGAACAUCGGGUGCUUCUUUCGGGAACUCCACUUCAAAACAACGUAAACGAGCUGUUUUCGUUGCUGAACUUCCUCGAGCCGAGUCAGUUCUCGUCGAACGACGAGUUCUUGCGAGAAUUCGGCAGUCUAAAGACGGAAAGUGAAGUUCUCAAGCUGCAAGCGCUUCUGAAACCGAUGAUGCUGCGACGUCUCAAAGAUGACGUGGAGAAGUCGCUUGCUCCGAAGGAGGAAACCAUUGUUGAGGUGGAAUUAACGAACAUCCAGAAGAAAUACUAUCGUGGCAUUCUGGAGCAAAACUUCUCUUUCCUAAUGAAGGGCACCACAUCGGCUAAUAUUCCCAAUUUGAUGAAUACGAUGAUGGAACUUAGGAAGUGUUGUAUCCAUCCGUAUCUGUUGAAUGGUGCUGAAGAUCAAAUUCAGUACGACUAUCGGCAGCAACACGGUGAGGACGCGGAAGCAUACUACAAGAAUCUGAUCGUGUCGUCCGGUAAGAUGGUGCUGAUUGAUAAGCUUCUGCCGAAGCUGAAAGCCAACGGACAUCGUGUGCUGAUUUUCAGUCAGAUGGUUCGUUGUUUGGACAUCCUGGAGGAUUAUUUGAUUUACAGAAAGUAUCCUUUCGAGCGAAUUGAUGGACGAAUUCGUGGUAAUCUGCGACAGGCGGCGAUUGAUCGGUACUCAAAACCGGACUCGGAUCGAUUUGUGUUUCUACUGUGCACGAAAGCUGGUGGUUUGGGAAUCAAUCUCACGGCGGCAGAUACGGUCAUUAUCUACGAUAGUGAUUGGAAUCCUCAGAACGAUUUGCAAGCUCAAGCGCGUUGUCACCGAAUUGGUCAGCAAAAAAUGGUCAAAAUCUAUCGACUGCUUUGUCGCAACACGUACGAACGGGAGAUGUUUGAUAAGGCCUCACUCAAGCUAGGGUUGGAUAAGGCCAUCCUACAGAGUAUGAACACUGCACAGGGCAAGGAAGGAACCAACAAGCAGCUGUCGAAAAAGGAGAUUGAGGACCUACUGAAGAAGGGAGCCUACGGUGCCGUGAUGGACGACGAUGCGGGUGAUAAAUUUUGCGAAGAGGACAUUGAUUCGAUCCUGCUUCGACGGACACAGGUUAUCACGAUGGAAAGUGAGAAGGGUUCCACUUUCUCGAAGGCUUCCUUCGCUGCGGCGGCCAAUCGCAGUGACAUCAACAUAGACGAUCCUGAUUUCUGGAACAAGUGGGCCAAAAAGGCAGAAAUUGACCCAUCCGCUUGCGAGAAGGACGAAACGGAAGAUUUGGUUAUUGCCGAACCGAGAAAGCGUACCCAGAUUAAGCGGUACGGACAUGACGACGGCGUGAUGGACAUGUCGGAUGAAUCGAGCGGCGAACAUGGCAGUGAAAACGAGGAAGGCGGAAUGGGUUUGAAAACGCGAAGCAAACGUAACCGUGGCAAGGAUAAGAAUAAAAAGCAACAGCAACAGGAACGGGAUGAUUACAUACCGCGCGACCGCGAUACACUGGCAGCGCUCGGGUUCGAUGAGGUGUCGUACGGAAAUUGGGCCCGGUCCGAGUGCUUUAAGGUUGAGAAGGGACUGUUGUCGCAUGGUUGGGCUCGCUGGACGGAGAUUCUCGAACAAGGCCAGUUUAAAAGAGGCUGGCGAGAGCAGGACAUUGAGGAUUGUGCGCGUGUGAUUCUUCUUUAUUGUUUGGAUCGCUAUCAAGGGGAUGAGAAAAUCAAAAAUUUCAUUUGGGACUUGAUCACGCCGACCGAGGGUGGUGAGCAGCGUGAAAUUGCACGCAACCACAGUGGUUUACAUAAUCUCGUCCCGAGGGGUCGCAAUGCUAAAGGACGCAAAUCAACCAAUCCAGCUUCGGCUUCGGGAACACCACGCCGCGAAGGAAGUAUUACCGAAGUGAACGAAGAUGCGUCGUCAAAUUCUUCCGGAACGCAGAAGGAAACGAAGCCGACAAAAUCCGGAUCUGAUACUGGUGGAUCGAACACACCGACCAGUGAUCCCCAUCAUUGGAGCAAGGAUGAGAAGUACGAUGCUGAGAAUUUAUUGGAUAUCAACUACAAGAAACAUUUGACCAGACAUGCUAACAAAGUAUUGCUACGCGUUCGCAUGCUGUACUACAUUAGACACGAGGUUCUCGGCGACCUGGUGACGCAAAUCCACGAAGGGGCCAGCGCGAGCGAUCUUCCAAUUCGCCCACCGCCGACGCCCGAUCAGCUGCCGUGCUCAUGGUGGAAUCCAAAUUGUUGCGAUCGCAGCCUGUUAGUCGGCACAUACAAACAUGGCUGCGAAAACUACCGUGUGAUGCGAGCGGAUCCAAUGCUUUGCUUCCAGACUCACUGUGGUCCCGGCGAUGGAGCCGUCGAGGAGACAACGAUUGUCAAAGAAACUGAUGACGACGCCAACUCGAAGCAGGGUGAUAAUGAAGACGAUCCAGAAGAUGGCCCGUCGGAGGCUCGAUCAUCGUCCGCCGGUGUCGAAUCAAAAGAUGAUGAUGAAGAAUCCACAGCUGGUACGACGCCCAGUGCCGCUCCAACGCCGGCUCCAUCCGAGACAAAUCCCGAGCUUAUCUGGCCCACGAUGCAGGACCUGAACACGCGGCUGCGGCGGGUGAUCACUUCCUACCAGCGCAACUACAAGAAAGAAGAGCUCAAGCAGCAGCAGAAAGCUAAGCUUCAGGCGAUCGUACCACCUGUUUCGGCCCUGGGAGGACAAUCGUCGUCUUCACCGUCGACUCCGUCCUCCACACCGGGACCGAUACUAAGCGGUGGCAUGUCAUCGCAACAUCAGCAGUCCCAGUCUGGUGCUCUGACAGCGCAACAAUUGAACCAGCAGCAGCAGCAAAGCAUGAUGUCGGGACAUGGAAGCAUGGGAAGUGCGUCCACGUCCUACGCUGGCACUAGCGGCCUAGGCAAGAGCCAACAGCAGCAAGUAUCGAGCGGAGUGGCCCCGACCGGUGGCAUGCCAACGGCAGCCGACUUUAGUCUCAUGCUGAGCCUGGGACUGGGGCUUAAUCCGGCCGAUGCUUCGCAGUUGGCCAAUCUCGAUCUGCAGAAGUUGGCCAUGUACUUGAAAAUGGAGCGUCGAGAGAAGACCGAGCAGGUUAUGCGCGAAAGGGAACGCGUACGUCUGGAGCAGAUACCGAAGAAGUGGACACGACGCGAGGAGAACGAAUUCAUUCGAGUUCUCACCGGUUAUGGAAUCGAUCUGCUGUCAAACACGUCGGUUCCGACUCCCGACUGGUCAAGAUUCAAAGCUUUCGCCAAGCUGGACAAGAAAUCGGACGAAAACUUGAGCGAUUUCUACAAGGUGUUCAUCGCGAUGUGCAAACGUCAGGCCGGCGUCAAGCUGAACGAGGACGAAAAGAAUCUGGAGGGGCUGGUGGAUGACGUUACCGAGGAUCACGCGAAGCUGAUUCUGGAUCGGCUGGAGCUGCUGUCGAAGGCACGCGAAAUCAUCAAACAUCCCAAGCUGGACGAGAAUAUCAAACUGUGCGAAAACAAUCUGGACACCCCCGAUUGGUGGAUCUCGGGUAAGCACGAUCGGGAAUUGCUCCGAGCGGUGCUUAAACACGGCAUCUACCGGUCGGAACAGUUGAUCCUAACGGAUCCCGAGUUUCCGUUUUUGGAAUCGGCGAAGAAGUAUUUGCAACACCUGGAGAUGCAAAUUCAGCUGCAAAACCAGCAGAUCAUGAAGAUGCAUGCGGCCAAAGAGAAGGCAGCGGAAAAGUCGGAAUUGCCACCGGUUAAGCUGGAGAAAGGUGAUGGUUCGCUUAAAAUUGAGAAGAUACCCGCAAAUAAGGAAUCUACUACUGCGGUGUUGGAUGAGGCAGCGCCUAGCACUAAAGUCGCUGCCGAAGAAGGACCACUGAAGGUUGAAAAAGAAAAGCAUGAGGUUAAACAGGAGAUUGGUGAAGCGGAAGCUGAAGAAGUAAAAGCCGAAGUGGAGAAAAUGGAUGAAACCGAUGCUACGAUCAAAGCUGAAAGUAAAGAGGAUGAAGGAGAGAAAUCCAUGAUGGAUGAUGAUAAAACUAAAGCGGACGAUGAUCCAAACGCAUCCGAGGUUUCGGCUGACGUCAAGAAGGAGUCGAGCGACAAUGAAACAUCUGUAUCGGACGCAGUCCGAAAAACUGACAAAGACGUUCCGGAAGCGAUGGACGUUGAUAACGAAAAGAAAUCCGAUGAAGACGAAAUUGAUAAACCAACAGCAACGGUUCAGGAAAAAGACGCUGAACCCGAGGACAUGAACAGUGAAAAAGAUUCAAUCACUGACGUGAUUGAAAAAGCAACACCCCCAACGGGUGAUGCUGCGAAAACAACUGAAAAACAAGAGACGACCGCUAGUCCAGCGCAAAAGGAUGAGCCUGAAGCAUUGGCGAAAUCUGCAGCAGCAGCUGCAGAGCGUGAAUCUUCUCCGGAUGUAAUCAUACUGGACGAGCAGAAGAUUGCUGAGGUAAAGCCGAAGGCUUUGAGUGAGGAGGAGAAAUGUUCGAAACAAGCUGCCGAACUGAAAGCCCGUUUCCCCGAUUUGGAGGUUUUCCAACCGUUGAUGAAAUUGAAGCAGCUGGACAAUAGUGUUUCCAAGGAGGAUUUCAAAAAUAUGAGCAAGUUUGCAAGCAUGAUUGACACAUCGAUGAUUGUUAGGUGGUUCCGUGAUUUCGCUUUGGAGCGACGGGUUGGUCACAUCAUUUACUGUAUUGAACAUGGUGAAUGGCCCGUAGGAAAGUCGUACUCAGCCUACACGGGUUGUUUGGGAAUAGAUCUGGACAUUCCCUUGCACGAAACGAUCAAGAGAAUCAUCCCGAUGGACGGGGAUCCACGUCGUUCGACUUCGAGCACACCGGAUGUGAUCACGAUCACGACCGAUCAUGCCGGAGCGAAACAGAUAAGCCAGGCUGCACUGUCCGCUCAGUCGGCAGCCGCCGCAGCGCAGGCUGCACUGUCCGCCGUCGGGCUCGGGGGCAGUGGCAGCGGGCCUGGUGGGGCCGGCGGACCCCAGGGCAUGAGUCAGAGUCAGAUAGCAGCUGCUGCGGCCGCUGCGGCAGCCGCCAGUGUUUCGCUCUCGUCAAGUAAGAAACGAAAGAGACACAUUGCUAUUGAUGUUGAAACUGAAAGGGCCAAAUUGCAUGCUUUGUUGAAUAAUACUCAAAGUCCAGUGCCAACCACAAGUCCGAAAUCGCAGCCACCGCCGCUGCAAUCGGCUGGCGGUCUAUCCUGGAAUGACGAUGAAAUUGUUGAUGCUCGCCGAGGCAGUUCCUCUUCCAGCGGCUCAAAUGUCUUGCAACCGCCGCCCGCUCAUCAGCACGGUCCCAGAAAUCAAAUGUCCUAUUCGAAACCGACGCUGAUCCCUGGAACUUCCAGCACUUUAACACCGAUAGAUUUAUCUGCAAGUUACGGUCUUUCAAAGGUUAAUAUGGCAGACAUCCUAAAAAGUCCUAUGGAUUUGAGUGAAGUGCAGGACUUUUCGAUUGGCAAGAAAAAGAGUAUGGAUGGUGGUAGCAGUAGCCGCGGUCUGUCAUCUACUAGCAUAAGUAUUACCAAUGCUGGUGGAAGCACUUCUAUGCCCUCGCCGUCGGCUGCGGUUGCAGCAGCAGCUGCCGCGGGCAAAGGCAAACUCAACGAUAUGCUGUCGAAGCUGAUGAAAAAGAACAACGUCAGCGUUCCGAUAGAGGAACCUCCUCUUGGCAAGGAGAAAAAGCGACGCAAACUGGACGAAAUUGUUCUCGGUCUAUCGGCUGCGAAAGAACAAAAGUCAAUAUUUGGCGAUCCGACGCCUCCGGGCGGCAGCUUCUCGGGUAGCUCCAUGAAGAAACCACAGAUUCCACCGAGUGUAUCCGUUACUCCAGCUAGUGCACCGUCGUCUGUCAGUCAACAACCUCCGCAGAAACCGUUCACUAUUACAGUCACCAGUGUUCCUGGAACAUCUAAAAGCGGAGGCCAAGGCUCCUCCAGCUCCAGUUCGAGCAGUGGCCUGGCGGCACUACAGAACAUGUCCGGCAUGGGCGCACUGUCGUCUAAGGAAAGUCUAAGUGCCCUGUAUGCCCAGGCGGAGCAGGCAGCCUAUCUGAAACAGCAGCAAAAACUCAUCCAAACUCUCCCGGCUAAUUCACCUCAACGGAAAGCAUGCGAAGCCAUGCUUGCCGAUAUGAAGCAAGCCGCCGAGCUAAGCUCAAAACUCGGCCAGUACGGUUCGCACGAUGCCAAAGUCAAUAAAUGGCUGGUGGAACAAACGGCCGUUCUGACCGAGCAUGCUAUGAGCUUGGAUUAUCUCACCCGAUCAUCGAGACGCUCCUCUACUUCGACUUCACAAUCUCAAUCAACGACACCGACCUCUUCGAGGUCUACGAGAAACUCCAACAGCCUUCAGCAGCAGCAACAUCAUCAUGCCCAGCAAAUGCAGCAGCAACAGCAACAACAUCAACAGCAGCAGCAGCAGCAGCAACAACAGCAACAGCAAGCCGACAGCAAAUCGGCCGCUUUCAAUUGGAAUAAUCUAACCGGAGAAGAAUACGUUUCGGUUAUCAACAAAAUCAACGGCAAACGGCUAACCGGCAACAAAGCCCCUCAGCUGAAGCGGCUAACCCAAUGGUUGGCGGACAAUCCGGCAUACGAAAUCGAUCCCAAAUGGGCAGAAUCAAUCAAUCUACCGGGGACAUCGAAAUCCCUGCAAUCGGACUCGGGCAGUCCGUCGGCGAAACAGAUGCGAGCCUCGGCAUCGGCUUCUUCGUCGAUGGGUGGUCCCCAGGGUGGCCAAUAUGGCAGCAGCAGUAGCAGCUCCAGCCAGCAGCAAUCCAGUGCGGCUCAGUCGAAGAAGCACAGCAGUAACAGCGCAGCCAAUAUGCAGUUUCCUAGUCUUGCCGGGCUCAAUCCGAAUCUGCUGUCCAGUCUGACCGGGCUGGGUAACUUUGACCCCAAGACGAAUCCUCUGCUAAUGCCGUUUGGCGGAAUGCCUGGCUUGGCCGGUCUUGGUGGAUUGGGUAAUCUGAAUAACAUGAGCCUGUUGGCCGGGUUGGCUAGUUUACCUGGCUUUUCCGGCAUGGAUGCACAGGGUUUGGCUGCUAUGAUGGCAGCAGCCGGUAUGGACCCGACAGCAGCGUUGGCAGCCGCUACUGGUGGUACGCCUCAGAAGGGCGGUGGUAAUGCUAGUAAAUCACGAAAAUCUGUUAACGAUUCGGGUGCUAGUAGUUCGUCUAGUUCGCAGCAGAGCUCCAGCAAGAGUUCGAACCAACAACAUGCUGCGGCGGCUGCAGCAGCUGCAGCCGCAGCUAACAGUCAGUUCCCGUUCUUUUUCCCCAAUCCGAGUCUAUUGUAUACGCCGCUUGGUUUGGGUGGAUUGAACCCGUACGGAAUGCCAGGAGCUGGCGGGCUGGGAACAAGUGGAGUUUCAACGAGCACUUCAUCGUCAACCACGACAUCGCGACAAUCGCAAUCGAAACAAGGUAGUUCCCGAGGUAUGGGUGGAAGCGGUCAGCAGUCGGCUUCCUCGCCAAGCAGUAAAUCAAGCAGAAGUUCCAGUCUGACAAGUCAGCAGGCAGCCGCACAGCAGGCCGCUUUGGAGGCGGCACAGUUGCAGCUUCUGCUGCCACAUGACAAACAUGUGCUGGAUUCGUUGACCCGCUCGGCAGCCGGUCUGGAUAUGCCGCAAAGCCUGCGAGGCAGCAGUUCCAGCUCGUCCGACAAGCGGGCCCGCGAAAGUGCUGCUGCCCAGCAAGCGAACAAACAAGCGUAUGAGAAGAUUGAACGCGAGAGGAGGAAGCUUUUGGAACAGCUACAGCAGGGAGCAUUUCCCUCGGAACUAGCGGCAAUCCAAGCAUUUACCACUGGCAAAAUGCCCGGAAUGUCAUCUUCCUCUUCAUCAUCGGGUCAUGGUUCGUCAUCGAAGAGCGGUAGCAGCAGUAGUGCCGCUGCCAGUGCUAGCGCAAGUGCUUCAGCAGCAGCUGCCGCAGCGGCUGCUGCCAUGAGCGCGAAGGACCUACAACUGCCACUGCCUCCGGAAUUCAGCCAGGCUUUGAUAGCGGAAAUGACUGCUCACGCUUUGUCGGCAAACGCUGGAUCCUCAUCAUCAGCAUCCUCUUCAUCGAAAAAAUCACGCGAACAAGAGCUAAAAGACGCCUUGGAUCAACUUAGUAAAAAUCCGAUCGAACUACUAGCUAGAAGCUUGGGAGUCGGUCCGGCAAUUUCGUUGAUUCCGACGUCCUCGUCGUCGACUUCGUCGACACCAGACUCCAAGCGAGCUUCAUCCUCGUCGCGCCAUGAUUUGCAACAACAGCAGGCGCAACAGCUGCAACAUCAUCUGUCGAAAUUGGAUCCGAAAACCUUAAUGCUCGGAGCCACAUCAUCCCAGGAGGAAAUGAAGAGCCCUCGAACGAGAUCUUCAACGGAUUCGCUGGCCAGCUUGGAUAAGGUCACGUUAACACCGGUGGCAGCAUCCAGCAUAGCCGCCUCAUUGCCAUCGCAAACAACAAUUUCGCUAGCUUCGCCCAUCGGAAUGCCCGGUACUUCCUCCAGUGGAUCGUUGAAUCUCAGUGCUAAGAGUCCUGCUGCUUUGUCGACGUCGUCAACCAGUAGCAUGGGAGACCGCGAAAAGGAUCGCGAACGAGAACGGGAUCGUACCGAACGGUCAGAACGAGCCGAACGGUCGGAACGGAGCGAACGAAGUCUACGGUCGGCAGAUGUAGCAGCCGAUUUGAGCCGUGGCUCCAUGAGCUCGGUUCCUGCGACCGUAACAUCCACCUCGGUUUCGUCCGGUGUCCCGCAGAAUCUCUCCACUGCAGCGGGGCCCAGUUCAUCCAGUUCAACGUCUGCGCCAUCGGCGUCGGUGACGGUAGUGGACACCGCUCACAAUCAAGAGAUGGACCUAGAGGAUCUGAUUGCCCCCUCAAAGCUGUCGAAAUCCGGUAACGUUCUAAGCGAUGAGGAUGAUCCGCAGAAACAGAUUAUGAUUUUAAAACAGAAACAGAAACUGCUCCAGCAGGAGCAGAUGAAAAAGCUCCAAGAAGCUCAAGAAGUUCAACGUUUGCUUGAGCAACAGCGAAUAGCCGAACAAAAGAAGCUCAUGGAAGAGCAGCAGCAGCAGCAGCAACAACAACAACAACAGCAGCAGCAACAAUUGGAACACGAACAGGAACAGGCACACGUACGUGAACUUCGUCACAAACGGCGCCGUGAGAGGGAAGAACCCGAACGUGAAAGCAAACGACAAGACGACAAACCUACUCCCGCUGGCCAGCCGGAGGAGUUCGUUCAUCAUGGAACACCUUCCGCACAGCAGGAAGACCCCAACGCAUCGACCGAGCAUCAUACACAAGAUGCUACCGAACAUAAUUUAUCUCAAAGCAGCACCGAUCCGCAGGAUCAACAUCAGCAACAGAUGGAAGAACUCGAGCGGCACGAACGACGUCCGUCGCGGCGAAGCCACCAUCACACGGCUGCUGAGCAGCAACAACAGCAUCAACCUCAACACUCGCAGGAAGAAUCGAGUAAAUCCGAUCUGGAAAAGACCCCGGACUCGGCAUCAUCGUCAGCGGCUCCGACGCGAAAAUCCACCCGCUCCAGCACGGAUGCCGCGAAUUCGUCCGGUGGGGAAUCCAGCAGUGCACCGCCAACGACUCCCUCGACCGGAGGAGGUGGCGGAGGACGGCGCACUACGCGCUCGAAGCGGCGUCGCAGCGGUGAUGAUUUGGACAGUGCCACUGCCGUUGGAGUUCCGGAGCGGAAACGAGAGCUACGCUCCAGUGCCGGACGGCAGGCCGCAGCUGCGGCCGCUCGCAUGGCUGCGGAAGCUAAAGCGGCUGCAGCUGCAGCAGCAGCGGCCGCUCAAUCGGCCGAAGGGUCGCUCAAUCUGUCCAAAGAUCAGGACCAGAGCGGAGCGGAGCAACGGGACGACGGGCAACCAAUUUGACUAAAAAUGAGUAAAUGACGCUUAUAAUUUUAGGUUGAAAAGUUAUCCUUUUUUUUGUUUUUUUUUUAUUUUUCUGAGCAGGCAGUUUUUAGGCGGUUGAUAUUAGGAAAGCUAUUAUAAUAGGAGAAAAAUACACCGUGCCGAAAGGUUGAUUAAAAAACUACAGACAUAAAAAACGCGAACAGGCAAAAGUGUUAAAGUAGAAAAAAUAACCACUUGUGGAAGUGAGUGCUUUUGGAAUAGGGCAAGCUGUGUGAAAAAAACUACGAAAAAGUUGCUUUUGAGGUUGAUCUGAUGUUGUGCUGUACAACGUCGGUGGGGGAUCAUCUUCAAGACCGGCCAUUUCUCCAUUAUCUACUGCUAAAAAGUAUACCAACAGCAGAUUUGCCGAUUACAAAAACAUUGGCUUCCCAGAGUAACAAAAAAAAAAAAAUUCAAGCAACGCUGUUAUAUGUGUACUAUAAUCAUUUGUCUCUAGCAGUGUAGAGGUUAGACUACUAAAACAAGAAAAUUUUAAAGUAAAAACUGUAAAUUUAUAUUAGCUGUCGGAGUCGUUAGGUAAAAUUCGUGAACGUUUUUGUUUUUUUUAUUAGAUCGCAAUCGGAAUCGGUUCUAAGUGAACGAAAAACACACACUAAUGUACUAUUGGAUAAGAUAAUAGAUCAAAAACGCCGCUAAAUGUUUAGCUGGUAAAAUAAAGGGGAUUCUCUUGAUACAAAAAACAAACGCGAAAUUAUAAAUAGAAGCGUCAGGCAGACAUGUGAGUAAGUGUUUAAGCUUAACUACUAAAAUAGUGCGUAGUGUUUAAAUCAAAGUAACUAAUUUAUUCUCAGUUUCUCAGUUAUUGUGGAACGCUCUGUACAUUACAAAAUUUAACUUCAUUGACUGUAGGAAAAUAGACGACUAAUCUCGAUGAUUAAAUCGAUAUAAUAAAUGAAAAAAAAAAAAAAACUUUCAAGUAAAGUACGAAAUAAACAAUGGAAGAAGGCAAAAUUAAACAAGAAUCAAACUGUCUUUAUUAUCAUCUAUCGUAUAUGAACAAACAUAAGAAAAGCAACUAAACCACGCUCCUGACAAGAGGAGCAAAGCUGUGUACACAUUUGGUUAGUUGUUUUAGCAGUAUCGCUUGUAAAUCUAGGACUUGAUGAUACCUAUUCGUGUAGCGUUGAAUGCUGCACCGGAAGAUAUUAUGGUUCCCUUUGUAAAGAGUAAAGAAAACCAAUUUCCUCGUGGCAUGCCCGUCAGAGGAAAAAAACAACAUUAGGAAUGCUGAGCUAGAUGAAUGAACAAACGAGAUAGACUGAAAUUUAAAAAUCUUCAUUAGAAAAGUUUAGUUUUUCCGAUAAAUGGAGCUUACAUUAAUCAGAAGAUAAAGUUCUUGGCAGAAUGAUUGAUAACACGAACAGUGCUCUUCUUCAGUGCAGUUCUUCGAUACAAGUCAUUUAGCUAUCGGAUGUUACAGAAAACUACUGAUUAUCUCGUUUCACAACCCCUAACCUAACCCCUAAAAAACACAUUCUCACUAACAGAAUUAUAAACCAGGUACACAUACACUCACACACACAUUAAACACGACUGGCGAGUGUGUUCAUCGCAAUUAAAACUUCACACACAGAUUUCUAGACACAAAAUUUAGAGACGACGGUGGCAUAAUAAAACUAAUAAAACGAACGGGUGGGAAGCAACAGAACAACAAAACAGGUGGGACACGGAACCGGAACCGCGCUUAGCAGCCGCGCACUUAGCACUGUCGUCGGUAACAUCGCACGGAUCGCGACCGCUUUCCCUGGUGGCCAUGGGGAUCGGCGGUUGCGAAGCUGCUGCUAGGGUGCGCGCUGUGCAUUGUAACGAGUUCCGAAGCGAAGCUUUCAUCCCAAGUUUCGCAAGAAAUCACUCUCUCCGGCAGAGCAGAGAGAAGAAGGUCUUCGAUGUGGUAGAAGAGCAAGUAGCAAUUAAAUAACGACUGCUUUUGAGACCGAAAAAGUGAACAACAGCAACAACAACAAAAAAAAAACAGAUGGAAGAAAGUAAAAUUUAGAAGUAAUAGUAAUUUAUCUCCAAUACAAAGUUUACAAAAAAAAGUAUAAAUAUUAUAACUAGCAAGAAAAACUCACGUGACAAUUAUAAAUAAAAA